AUGGAAAAUGUUUACCCCGGUGGCAUUGGCUGCAUUAUCAAGAAAGGAGAGUGGCUGAAGAAGUUAGGGGUUGGAGCAGGCUACAGCAGAGUGGGAACUCAAGACAGUAUCAUGAUCAGAGUGCCCGACCUGACUGUCCUGGUGCACCUCAUUGACAUGACGGGACCUUUGGCAAUCACGUCUGCUAAUCCUAGUGGAGAGGUGGACAGCACACACCAUGACAUGGUCAUCUCACGUCUUGGCCAUAAGCUGGAGGGUGUUCUCUGUGAUGGAGAAUCUGAUGAGGUGGUGGCAUCAACUGUGGUCAACUGCACAAAGUUUGAUGAAAGUGGCAUUACCAUCGUGAGAGAGGGCUGCAUACCAGCAGGCAAGGUGAUGCAGAUAUUUGAAAGUGUGAAGAACAGAGCAGUCUGAAACCAAAGGAUACUUUCCC